AUGUUCGAGAGCAACCUCCUCUCGCAGAUCAACACCUCAUCACCGCUGCCGACAGUGGUGGAGGUGCAGUUCACCACCAGCAUCAACCAGUCCCUCUACAAGGCGUUCCAGUUUGCCCACACGCUGCUCGCUGAGAAGAGUGACCGGGCGGCUGUGCUGCUGCCGUGGAAUGAUGAGAUAUACUUGACUGUGUCGGGGAUGCUGGAGCGGCUGAUGCUGGAGCACGCCGACACCACCUUCUCCGAAAUGAUAUUUGCCCUGCGUCGCGCGGAGGUGGACGGGCCGCUCGCCGCUGCCCCGCCACUGUCCUCGUCAUCCGCCGCCGCGUCUGGGCCAUCGCCGCCAGGGCUGCGGCCUGGUGCGCGUGGCCGGUACCUUCGCUGGCUGCUGUUGGGACCACCGCCGGUGACCACUCCGGAAGAGCGCGCCAUGAACUUCAUCAACGACGGCGUCUCCUCGCAGCUGCGCGUUCACGCCAGCGCACCGGCAGACGCCGCCGUCGCGGCGAUCGUGUCGCCGGAUAUGGCGACGUCCAACCCGCUCGUAAAUGCCGUCGCCACAGACGCGAUGGCCGCGGUGGGGAACGCGGCGGACGCCGCGGCGCUCUCGCAGCUGAAGUCCGUCGAGCUUCUCAAGGCGGAGCAAGCUCCGUACGGCUACCUGCGCUUCAAGGCGCUUAGCCGUCGCAACAAGGUCGUCUCUCUCUUUCUCUUGACGCUCAAGCCGUACCUGGAGCGCAAGGUGGAGCAGUGGUACGUGCGCAACACCGACACCUCCGUCGAUGCCGUCGCCAUGCGGAACGCGUAUGCCUACCGCUACCCGCGCCGAGCGGCCCUCUUGCACUUCCUCGCGAAGUACGUCUACCCGAUCUACCACGUCACGAAGCAGGGGUCACGGUUCCUGUACAUUAUGUGCUUCCUGCUGGAGAUGACGCCCUACACGUCGCCGCUGCAUCGUGUCUUCGGCAUCGCGCUGCGUCGGAGUACCCUCGAGGACUCGCUUGCGACGGGCCCCCGCGCGCAGCGCGCGCUGCUUGUCGCGCGGGUAGUGCUGAUUCUCGUCUUCUGUGGCUUCCGGCUUCUGGAGUUCACACGGAACGCUGACGGAGCAUCCUCGCCACGUCAGAUCCGGGAGGAGGGGCUUCCGAUUCCGCCACCGCCAGUGCUUGGCGGCGACGUGCCGCUGCCAGAGGACCGAAGUAGCCUCCCGAAAGCUGGUGAGUGCCCCGUCUGCCGCAGACACGUCACGAACGCGGCGGUCUGCCUCACCAGUGGCAUCGUGGGCUGCUACCCUUGCCUGCAAGGGUACGUGCGAGAGCAACGAGCGUGUCCUGUCACGCACCAGUCGAUGGGAGUGGAGCAGAUCCGCCGAGUUUUCGAGUGCUAA